AUGGAAAAUCGAAACGGAAACGGACAUGGCAACAGCGGGAAAGAAAUCCGCGUCUGGUGCGAUGGAUGUUACGAUAUGGUACACUUUGGACAUGCGAAUUCUCUACGUCAGGCAAAGGCUCUCGGCCACAAGCUUGUUGUAGGCAUCCACAACGAUGAGGACAUCACGAGGAACAAAGGACCGCCGGUGUUUACGCAGGAGGAGAGAUACAAAAUGGUGCGUGGUAUUAAAUGGGUAGAUGAAGUGGUCGAAGAUGCACCCUACGUGACCACACUGGAAACUCUAGAUAAAUAUGACUGUGACUACUGCGUACAUGGUGAUGACAUCACCCUAACAGCCGAUGGCAUCGAUACGUACCAUUUGGUAAAAAAAGCACAGCGAUAUAAGGAAGUAUCGAGGACAGCUGGCGUUUCUACAACCGACCUGGUCGGACGAAUGUUACUCCUGACCAAGAACCAUUUUAAACAAGGUGAAAAGGAAUAUGAGGUUGAGAAAGAUGACGCAUUUGAAGCACUGCUGAAGCGGUAUAACGUUGAAAAAUUCCAAAUCUCAGGCUCGUCGCAGCUCGGCCAGGACCAUACGGCCCGCAGUCCGUGGACCGGAUGCUCGCAGUUUCUGCCGACGACACAAAAGAUCAUCCAGUUCAGCGACGGCAAACCGCCGAAGCCAACGGACAGGAUCGUGUACGUUGCCGGUGCAUUUGAUCUGUUCCACGUCGGCCAUCUAGAUUUCCUGGAAAAGGCGAAGGAGCUCGGUGAUUACCUUAUCGUCGGUCUGCAUACCGAUCCGGUGGUGAACCAGUACAAGGGUGGCAACUAUCCAAUCAUGAACCUGCACGAGCGCGUACUCAGCGUGCUGGCCUGCAAGUACGUGAACGAGGUAGUGAUCGGAGCACCGUACUCCGUGACGACGGACCUGAUGGAACACUUCAACGUUAGUGUGGUAUGCCACGGACAGACACACAUCGCGCUCGACGUCGGUUACAUUGACCCGUACGCAGUUCCGAAGCAGAUGGGAAAGUUUAUGUUAAUCGAUUCAGGUAAUACCAUUACAACGGAAGAUAUUGUGGAACGAAUCAUCCGUCAUCGGCUUGAAUUCGAGCAGCGCAACAAGAAGAAAGAAAAGAAGGAGAUUGAAGUGUACGAAGCGAUGCAAAAGGUGAAACUUGCGCAAAAAUCCGGUUGA